UAUUGUCCAAGGGCAGACAGCAAGGUGGCUAUCAGCCAUGUUAGUGUCAGAAUACCAACACGUAUACAUUCGAGCAUCGGCGGUUUCAUCAACACGUCAGUUAUUCGUCUAGCAUAACAGCCACCCAGUCUAUGUCAAUAAGAUGAAGUCGCUCUGGCUGUUUUUUUUGUUAUGGGCAGGUGCUUCAGCGAUGCCCAAGGGACGACGAUUCGUUGCAGCGUUCUUUGAACAACCAUACUCAGAUAAAAGCUUUCCAAACAUGUUCUUUGUGAUUCUGUCUGAAUUCAAUGCCACUGUUCACGUUGAGAGUGGAUUCGGUAUUUCGGAAGAUUUACACAUCCAAAGCAUGGUAGACUACAAGUACAAAGUUAAUGAAAGUUUUUAUUACCAAGCCAACCUUCAGGUGACUGACAUGUCAUUCUACUUUACAUCCACUGAGGAAAUAACCUUGUUCUGUUACCACGUACUUGCUAAUCAAGGAGAAGGAUACCUUGCCUUGCCGAUUGAGACUUUAUCCACGGAAUACAUUGUAGUGACACACAUUGAUAAUCACACAGAUACUGUCCCUGAACUUCCCUACACAAAGACCACACAGACUGCUUUCCUCAUCAUCGCUACGGAGAACAAUACCCAGGUGAACACCAGUCUUAAGAUACAAGGACCCCUCAUGGCAGGUAGGUGUGGCAAUGGGACAUUCUUCAAUGGGGAGAGUAGAACAUUUACACUCAACGAGUAUCAGACAGUUGGCGCCUACUGUGCAGAGGACAUUACUGGAACACUGAUCACCAGUGACAAACCCGUGGCUGUGAUUAGUGGGCAUAACAUGAAGUUUAGGCCUUACCCAGGAUUUAAAGACGGCAUGCAAGAAAUGUUGCUGCCUGUGAAGUCAUUUGGGAGAAGCUUUUACUUGCCAGUACCACCACCAAGUACUGGUGGUGCUAUAUACAGAGUUGUUGGAUCAAAAGCGUCGACCUCCGUACGCUCCCCGUCCGUCAGUGGUAUAUCUUUCUCUGUGGGUGCACGGGAGUCUCAUGACAUAACUGUUGAUUCUACCACAGGUCCAGUGUACAUUGAAGCCGACAAACCAGUUCUUGUUGUGCAGAUGACUAUAGACACACCGUCACUGGCAAUCGUUCCACCGACUAGUUUAUAUUCCAGCUCUUAUGACAUUGGAAAACCCGUUCUUAAUCCGACAGUUGACCUGCAGAAAAUGUAUAUAACAGUCAUUGUUCCCACUGACAAGGUUCUCGGAAUACGACCACAGAUAUUUCCGCAAUUCAAAGUUAUUAAAGGCAGCUGUUUCUCAGAGGCAUCAGUGGAGUUGACAUUACCAGGAUUCUACCACUUGACCCACCUAGAUGAGGUUCCAUUUGGCGCUAUGAUGUACAUGUUUCCGUAUAGUGACAGCCAGUGUGUAUAUACCCAUCCGGCCGGAAUGAAUCUGACAAAUGAUGUUGGUAAGUACAGUAUCAACGUUCACAAUAGCUACCUGUCCAUUAUCAAGUUAUCAUUUUAACCUGUCAGUUAACGUUGAAAACUAGUAACAGCAAACACUGCUUGAACGUUGGGGGUAU